CCCAAUUACAAAUAUUUAAUGUACGCGACUUGAAUCAAGUUGAUAUUCUACACAUGUGAUCUUGAAACGCUGAACUCCCAUUCACAAUGCCACCCAAGAAAACAGCAUCAACGGCGGCGGGAUCCAAGCCCAACAAAAAGCAGAAACUCAAUGACUCGCCCUCAACUGAUUCUAGUGGUGGUGACAGAAUCUUGAGCAAGGAAGAAGAAGAGGAAAUGAGCUCUGCUCUGAUUGCUCAGCUGUUGGCACAAGAGGGUAGUGGUGAUCAUGGAUACUAUGCAGAAUACAAUAACGACACCAACUAUGGCUUUUUUGAGGAUGGGGACUAUUCUGAUGACGAUGAUGAUUAUCGAAACGACUACAACUACAGGCCAAAGUCCAAGAGCAAACGCACAAAAAAAAAGGCCAAACAGCCGCCUCCACCGCCACCUCCAAAGCCAGUGCUUAAAAUAAACGCCUCUAAAGUAGCAGAGACAACCAUCAGUACAGUUACCCCUGAGACAGCAACGAUUGCUAUCACUACAGCGGUGGAGUCUUCUAAAAUUAAUAGUGUAGCUAGUGACCGAGUCACGGAAUCAUCACCAACCAAAGAUGAGUCCACCGCCACACCAGUAGCCCCUGCCUCAUCUCCAUCCCCAAUAAUGUCCAAAGUUGUGAAAAAGACUAAAGAGGCAGCUCCAGGAUUGAACACCGGAAUGUACACAGAAAAAGAAGAAAGGGCAUUCGUGGAAGCUCUCGAGAUCUUUGGACGUAAUUGGCGCGCUGUAGAGGAGCAUGUAGCAACACGCGAUGCCAAUUCUAUCAGAAGUCAUGCUCAGAAGCACUUUAUCAAGUUAUUCAGGGACAACAUACCCCUGCCAGCCAAGGUGCUGGAGUCAGGACCUGGAUAUACUCUUUCUGGAAAUGACCUUGAUCCAUAUUCAUCAGCUGCUCGUCCUUACUUGUCUCAACGGCUACUCGAUGAUCCUUCUCUGCUUCCUGCACAAGGUGGUACUAUUUUCACUCCGCAAUCGGGGGCUACUGCGAAAGCGGAAAAAGCCAUAGCCAAGGAAAAAAAAGCGGCCGAAAUAGCUCAAGAGAGGCAGAAGGAGAAGGAAAGAAAGGAGAAGGAGAAGGGAAAGGAGAAGGAGAAGGAGAAGGAGAAGGAAAAAGAGAAGGACAAAGAUAGCAUGAAGGAAGCUGUAAAAGAACUUAAAGAAUUGAAAAUUCGAAAGCAUACAAAGCCUAUCAAGGAACGGGCUGAUAGCCCUCCAACCGAGCCGGUCUACACAGGGCGCACAGAUUACUCGAAGGCCAGACUCCGCAGUACGAAGGAGCGUCCCUCUAUCAACUUUCGUCAAAUGGCUAGCGAUCUUGAUCCUCUCACCAUGGUCAAGUGUGAGCCCUUUUGUGGGCAGCCCAACUCUGGCGUGCAAGGGUGCCAACCAUUUGCUAUUAAGGUCCAGUCCAAUGUCCUUUUGGGCAUGGAUUUCCAUGCCCACCUCAUGACCACUGAGAUCAUUGGGUUCCUUGCAGGUGACUGGGAUCGAGAGACUAGAACUAUCCACAUCAAAGCCAUCUUCCCCUGCCGAUCCCUCCAAACAGGACAAAACCAUGUCAACGUGGAGAUGGACCCUACUUCUGAGUUUGAGGUUCGUCAAGAGAUCGAAAAACGAAAUAUGAGGAUUGUUGGUUGGUACCACUCGCAUCCAACAUUCACCCCAGAUCCAUCCUUGGUCGAUAUUGAGAACCAGACGAGUUAUCAAAGCCUGUUUAAAGAUGAAUCAAUGAACGAGGAACCAUUUGUAGGAGCUAUUGUUGGCCCGUAUGAUGAACGACUGCCUGGGUUAUCUUCGGUCAUCAAUUGGUUCUACAUCAGUCAGUCUGCUCAAGAACGUGGCCAUCCAAAGCGGCUGCUUUAUGAUCUAAUUGAGGACACAGAGUUACCUGCGGAAGAAGCAGAUCUAUGGAUAAAACUUUUUGAUGAAUACAGAGACUCACCUGAGCGAACAAACUUCAAAGAACAGUGGCGCCAAGACGAAUCGGAGACCAAACUUCAGAAGAUGCUUGUCUCGCUUGGAAGGCGGAUGCCUUGGUUGAGAAACAACCUCCUGAAGGGCAAAGAAAGCUUAGAUGGCUCGGAGAGUAGAGAUGCUGUGGAUAUUGUGGAUAACAUCGAAGGCAUUGAGGGAGACAAGUUCAAAGAUGAAGUGGCUAAUGAGACGAGCGAAAACAGCGCGGAAAGCAAGAAGGAUACUUCUGAGGCGGCAGCUGGGGAGCAAGCUACCAUUAUUCCUGAGCCUAAUACCUCCGUAGAAAUGGCCUCGACAACCCAGCCGGUAGAGCAGAUUGCCACGGUUUCUACCAUUUCAGACGUGAUUGAGGAAGGAUUGGGAAGAAAAGGAGGGGAAAUAAAGGAUGAAUCUGAGAAAGACCCCUCCAUGGAGGGAAUUGAACCGUCAGGACAAGACUCACUUGAUGCAACCAUGUGCAGUGACGUCAGUCAAGAACAUGGUCAUGUUCUGGAGAGGAGUCUGAGUAAUACUAGUAGUGCGUCCAGUAACAGUCGGCUAUUUAUUGGUUUGGGCGCUCUAAUCAACGAUCCCUUUUUGAUUCGCGUGGAGCAAGAGCUGGCAGCAUGGGAGCCUGUGGCAAGCUAAGUUCUCUUUUUCUUCCCCCUAUUUUGGACACAGAUAUCUUACUCAUUUUCGUACUGCUUUUAAAUAUUUUUUCCCCUCCCAUUAAACCGCCCAUAUACUCCAUGUAAUACUGCGAACCUAUUUUGAGAAGGAAUGUAUAAAACUAU